AUGGAUUACGCGGAGAUGUCUUCCGAGCUCUCUUGGCUCGAAUGCUUUGUCGAUCCGACUGUUGUGUCAAAAGCGAUUAACGAUCUGGAAAAGAGAAAGCGUAAAUCAUAAUUUUAAAUGGAAAAUUUGGUAAAAAUUGUAUUUUAGAGUUGCCAAGGUUAUGUAUUCAAUUCACAGAAAAAGGAUUUCUCGCGGAGAAAGAGAAGGACAAAGGAAAGUUGGCGAUUGAGGAAUUAAUGCUGUUCGAACGGAAAGCAGCGAGCAUGCGAUUGUGCGCCAUGGCCAUCUUUGCUGCGCUUGACUAUGACAUAGAUUUCAUUAUUGACAAGUAAGUUUUCUAAGAAUUUGUAAGAUAAAUCCCAAUUUUCUUGAUCUCAGCAUCAGUCGUAACGAGCUUCUGACACUUCGAGUGCUCGCCGACAACUUUUACAAAAUAUACAACGAGAAGAAUCUGGACGCGACGUUCGGCAACUGGCUCUUCUACCGUUUUGUGCUCUCCAUAGACCGAAGGAAUCGACUACCGCCGCCGGCGCCUAGUGCGACAGUUCCGACCACGUUCAGCAACGGACAACUGAUGUCCAACGACCCGGCGCUUGUGAGACACGAGAAAGUGCAGAGAAUGAUAAUGGAACUGCGGGAGCAUGUGCUCAAAGCGCGCGCGUUUAUAACCGAACUCGCCGAAGAUCCGCGUGAUGUGAUUGCUCCCGGAAUCCAGUGUUUUCUAAAGCCGUUCAAAGAGCUCGCGCCCAAGUAAGUCACUUUUUCCUCAAACAGAGUAAACUGCAAAUUUGUGCUUCAGGGCAAUGACAGCGGCUUUAAUCGGAGAUCGCAACGUGCUCAUUGAGAAUCCGAGCGCCGAUUUUGACGUGGAAAAAUCAGUUCUUCCGGCUGCCGACGUGGCGAACAAGUGUCUCUCCGAGCUCGUCGUCUUUCUGUUCACCUGUGGAGACCUACCUGAAGCCCGGAAAAUACUGCACAAAGUCGUCAAACCGACAGUUUCGCAUCCGAUUGUGGCCAUUGACGAAGAGCUUUUCAAGGCGUACAGCAUGGCGCUGAGUGUCAAAGGAGCCUUCAUUCCGUCGAAUGGAAGCACCGUCAUCAAGCAAUUCGUAUUCGAUCAAAAAGUGCUGGCGGACGAGACUUCUGUAUGGCGAAAAAGCGAAUACUUCCGAUAUCGAGGCGCUUUGGAGACGUCCGGACAGCUGAAACAAGUCUAUCAGGCUGAAAAUGCAGCCAUGUCCGUCGUGGAGUGCAAUCCCGACUGCAUUAGAGACAAAUUGGAGAGUAAAGCGCAAAUGGAGCGAUUUGUGAAGGUGCUGAAGAAGCUGUUGGACGGAGGAGUCAAGUGGAACAAGAAGAAAAUGCGAACGAUCGGCGCACAUAUGCAAUAUUUGUGUGCUUCCAUCGCAGACAUUCGCGGAAUGCUCGGAAGCGGAGGAAUCGAUGUGACUGAGCUUAGAACCUACGUGGUCCCUUCGCCGAAUAUUGAUUUGACAACCGCUCCCACAAUGGAACAACUAUCCAGUAGGAUUUCUUUUCUUUUUUUUUCAAAAAUAUAAGUAUCAAAGUUCACGUCAAAAUUCUUUUCAUACCAAACUUUGUAAAAAGUAAUAUCUCAAAGUCUGAUACAAAGUGAGUAGUUCACUUACAUCUCGGAAUCAUUCAAUUUUUGCAUCUUUCGAACUUUUUGACCCAAUUAAAAACGGUCAGAGUGUUAGAACACUCUGCGCGUUCUCCCUGCGCGCGCUGUCUCGCCUCUCCACUCCUCUCUAAACAUAGUGGACAUCGGAACCCGCGAGGCGUCGGCUGCUUAGAACGCUUCGACUAUUUAACGCCGCACGCAGGCGGGUGUUGGGCGGUUGGCCGAAAGAAGGCGGAUGGGAGAAACUCAAAGGUCGUCUUGACCUCUCCAAACUCCCGGGAAGGUCUGAGAGAUAGCCCCAGUGGGAUCCAGGAGAUCCCCCCGUGUCCUAAUAGAGGGGAGGCCGUAGAAGAAAGGUUCCCCUGCCAAGGGUUUGGAAACGGCCUCGGCUAGCAACACUUUCGUCUGAGUGCGAUCGCCACACCAACACAAUUCAGACUAGUCUUCGGCCAACCUUUUGAAAAAUUAUGGAAGAAAUAUUUGAACAAUGACAGAAAUCAAAAAAAAAAAAGUUUUGUAAUAUUUCAGUUGUUGCAGAUAUGGUCGAGUGCAACGAUCCAUUUUGGGUCCUCAUGACCGCAUUCAAUCUUCCGAAAUUGAAAGAAGCUCUGACGGAGCUCGGACCGUUUUGGUUCCCGAACACAAUGCCGACGUCAGACUUUCUUCAGGACAUCCUUCUCACGAACGUCAAUACUCCGAGACAUACCACCCAACGCCUCCUUCUCGCAAAAUUAGAGCAACUGAAGCGAAUGAGGAAUUAUCAUGGCUUCCUGGCGAGACUCAACGAAUAUUUCCCGGAAUUUGUGGUCGGAGGACACGAAGAUAUGCAUUUUAGGGCCACUUACGAGUCCAUCCACGUCACCGCGUACAUACUGAAUCUGCAAUGCCAUUUGCCGUUCGAAAGGAAACUAAUAGACGAGACGAUUGCCCAUCAGACGUCGCUGAUCUUCAAACCAGAAUUCCAUCAGACGGACAGCUGCGCCAAGAUGAUCAAUCAGUGUUUCGCGCUCAUGUUGAACUUGGGCGACGGCGAAACUGUGCUGGACGAGGGAGGAAAGCAAGUUGCAUAUUUAAAAUUCUAAUUUUCUCCAAGUUUAACCCAAUCUAGGCUGAAUAUCGAAAAGUUCAAGUGCGUGCCCGUAGCUCGAAUCCUCGGCGCAUAUCAGUCCAACUUCGAAGAUGAUGGUGCUCGGAAGAAGUGUGCGGAUGGAUUCUGGAGGACGCUCAGCACCAAAUUCAUCGACGUUCAUCGUCCGUCCCGGGUGCCCACCGACGCAGAAGCGAGCGCUACCGCUGCCCGAGAAAUGCAUUUGCUUUUACAUUUGUUGGGAUUGAUUCGUGAGCCACGUCUUCUCGAUUUCAUUCUCGCCUGCGCAGUCACGCUUCGCAACAAACUAGUGCUGAAAUACGAAAGAGAAAAGGAGCCGGUGUUGAUCUACGCGAAAUUGUCCGAUUUGUAUUCAGAAUUGCCUGCGUAAGUUUCUUUUUAACAAUUUAUUAGCCUCGGAGCUGUCUAGAUGCGUUCUAGUACUAACCACUACCCAGUUUCAGUCCGAAACUCGAAAUCGAAAAGUGCGAGGACGUGCUGCAGCUGCUGCGAAUGAUGUGCGAAAACGCGUACUCCGUCUCGCGCACCGAUCCGUACACUAUCCGAACGUACGCGGAUUUUCUGUUCAGCGAAAAGGAUUUCCAAGGCGCCGGAGAAAAGUACAUGGAAUAUUACACGGCCAUCUCGCCGUUCCUUCGGCUCAACUUGUCCGAUCCGAAGUUUGCCUCCGAUCUGCCGCUCCAACAGCUGCGUAUCUGUCUCGCACAUUCCGGAUACCUGACAAUGUCGAUGCUGACGUGUCAGCUCAUCAAAGCUUUCUAUCAGACGGAUGAUAUCUAUCCGAAGGCCAUGGAAUUGCUGCGGAUCAACGAGACACGGGACGUCGGCGCAAAUUGUGCCGAAUUCAUUACCGACGUGGCGGCGAUCGAGCUGCUCAGCCAACACUAUCACGGGAAUCGGAUGGAGAAAAGCGUCGAGACUUUGGUUUGAUAGAGUUCUACUUUUAGUACGAAACCAUUAAGCUUUUCAGUACGCCGGCGGAUGCACCCUGGCGGCCAACAAGAACGUGCCGAACUCGCUUUCAAUGCAGGAAACGAACCGACGGACCACAAAAUUCCUCACUUCCAUCGCAUCAAUCUAUUUUGGAAUACACACAUAA